AUGUCUGGCGCCGAGCUCAUAGCCGUCCUUAGUGUCGGCGCUUCAGUCAUCCAAGUAGUCGAUGCAUGCAACAAGCUCGUCAACCGCAUCAAAGAGUACCGCGGCAACGCCGCAUUCAUCAGGCUGCGGUCGCAACUGCAUCUGUUCGCCAGCAACAUCAAAGCUCUGGAGAAGACCACUCGAACCGGAGAAGACUCGGGAGAAGAAGAGGCACUACUCCAUGAGGUUCUCAGAGGUUGCAAGCUCCGUAUUGAGGAGCUGGACAGCCUUGUCACUUCCUUGGUGCCAUGCCCGAACUCUUCUACGUUCAAUAAGACGAUGCAUGCCGUCCGGGCAUUUUUCAAAGACCACCGCGUGAAAGCGAUACUCGAAGACCUGAACGACUACCGAGAAGUCAUACUCCUUCAUGUUUCAGGCAGCGCGACAGGCACUUGA